AUGAUGUGGCCUCGGUUCAAACAAUGGCUAUCGAACUGGCCGUCUCGACUAGUCUUUCGCUACCUUAGCACACUCUUUCUCAUAUGUUUCGCCAUUACCAAUUACAUACUAUGGACCAGCAGUCAGGGAUGGGAUGUAACAGAACCAAAGGGCCCUGUCACUUUGGGUCCAAAGCAUCCAAUUAAGAAGCUUAUGGCAGAUGCCCGCGCCCGCCAUGAGAACCUCCUUUCAAAACGAAGUCAUGACCUUUACGAAGCUUCCGAACGUUAUCGCGCCCGCCGAGGACGUCACCCACCACCAGGCUUCGACAAAUGGGUGGAGGCAGCUCUUGCUUCGGAUAGCAUCAUUGUGGAGGAUUACUUCGAUCGCAUAUACAAGGACUUGUCCCCAUUCUGGGCGCUCGAUGCUCAUACAAUCGCAAGGCGCGCAUCCGCAUGGCACUGGGUCGUCAAGGUUCGCAAUGGCGUAGCUACUGGCGUUGGUGACACAACGAACCGUGUGCCGUGGCUGACAUUAUGGACCGACCUUGUCAAGGAAUUUGCCCAGGAUAUGCCCGACGUCGACAUGCCAAUUAACUACAUGGACGAGCCACGACUUCUCGUUCCAUUUGACGACCUAUCGAAGCUCGUCGACCACGAGCGCGCCAACCGACGCAUAGCGCCCAUGAAAGAAGUCUUUACCAAGUUCAAGAGUCUCUCUAAGCUCGACGAUGAGAAACCUCAGCCCUACGAUCCUUAUUGGCACAAUAGCUCAGCGAACUAUUGGGAACUUGCGCGUGUGACGUGUGACCCCAACGCUCCGUCGCGCAAUGUCCAACAAGUCUCAGACUUGAAGGCUCCCGUCGAAUAUCCCUCGAAUUGGAACCCCGAGUAUGCGUACAGAGGUUAUGUCAAGAAUUGGACCGCCUCUCAGGACCCUUGCCUACAACCUCAUCUUCGCCAGAUGCAUGGAAGCUUUGUCGCACCUCUCAGUCUAUCUACUUCCACCGAGUUGAUUCCUUUGUUUGGCGGAUCCAAGCUCCCCGUGAACAAUGAGAUUCUGAUCCCUGGUGCCAUGUAUCUUACUGAGGACGAAUUCUAUUCUGGCGGGGAGAAAAUGGGCCCCGCGUGGCAUGCCAAGAAAACAGGCAUUGUCUGGAGGGGCGACGCAUCCGGUGGUGAGCCGAGAGCUGAUGUCUGGCAUCGUUUUCACCGUCACCGUCUUAUGCAGAUGCUCAACGGCUCUUAUGUUGACAGCGUUGAGCGUCAAGGUGUCAAACCCAAAACUUUCCAAUUACCUACCCCCGAUCCCUACAACAGUACUCACCGCGCUUCUAAUACCGUUGGUCAGUGGUUGCAGCAGAUCUCUGACUGUGGAUUCAAACGGCUCCUAUGCGAGAAAGUUGGCUGCGAUCAUUUCACUCCUUAUUUCCGUGAACUCAAGCACAUGUCUAUGAAGGAGCAGUACCGCUUUAAAUUCCUGCCCGAUACCGAUGGCAACUCCUUCAGCGCCCGCUUCCGAGGUUUCCUACGUUCCUCGAGCAUGCCUCUCAAAGCCACUAUUUAUGCCGAAUGGCAUGAUGAUCGCCUUACGCCGUGGGUUCACUUCGUGCCUUUCGACAACACCUUCCAGGACCUUUAUCCUAUCCUCGAAUUCUUUACUGACGAGGAAGUUGGCGGAGAUACUGCGGCUCGAUUCAUUGCCGAACGGGGCAGGGACUGGGCUAGCCAAGUUCUUCGCCGCGAAGAUAUGCGCCUUUAUACCUGGCGCCUAUUACUCGAGUGGGCUCGGGUUUGCGAUGAAGAUCGCGAGAAACUAGGAUUUAUAAGAGAUUUGGUGGAACCAAGGAAAGACUCCAUACGAUAA